GCAGUUUGGAACAACAAGAAAAGGGGAGAGAAGAGAAGAAAAGAUUUUCGCACAAUUCUACUGCUGCAACACGUUUUUCAUCACUGUGACUUCGUUCACCGUUGGAUCGGGCUGAAAUUUUGACAGCAGGUUCGUGACUUCUGGUACUUCAAUCUGGACGGUUGGAUCGGUGAGAAGAUGUCUGUAGUGGGAGAAAUUGACUUCGCACAGUAGCAGCAAAAAUCUGGUUGAAGAAACAAUUGGGUGAGUCAUUUGCCAUGAAAGAUAUGGGAGCUGCUAAGCAAAUUCUUGGUAUAAGAAUUGUGCGUGAUAGAAAAGAGAAGAAACUUUGGCUGUCACAGGAACACUAUGUUAAAAGAGUCUUGCAGAGGUUCCAGAUGGAAAAUGCUAAGGCCGUAAAAACUCCUCUUGCUACUCAUUUUAAAUUGAGUAUUGAACAGAGUCCGUUCAAUGAAGCUGAAAAAUCAGAUAUGCAACGUGUUCCUUAUGCAUCUGCUGUGGGUAGUUUGAUGUAUGAAAUGGUGUGUACAAGACCAGAUAUUGCACAUGCUGUUGGUAUUGUUAGCAGAUUUCUGUCAAAUCCAGGUAGAGAGCAUUGGAAUGCCGUGAAAUGGAUUUUGAAGUAUCUUCGAGGUACUACUGAUUUGAUGCUUUGUUUUGGAGGUGAUAAGCCUAUCCUUAUGGGCUAUACUGAUUCUGACAUGGCUAGAGACAUUGAUUCCAGAAAGUCCACUUCAGGGUACUUGAUUAAGUUUGCAGGGGGAGCUGUGGUGUGGCAAUCAAGAUUGCAGAGGUGUGUUGCAUUGUCAACUACUGAAGCAGAGUUCAUUGCCAUUACCGAAGCAUGUAAGGAAUUGCUUUGGUUGAAGAAAUUCUUACGGGAGCUUAGUUUUGUCCAGGACAAAUACUUGUUGUUUUGUGAUAGUCAAAGUGCAAUUCAUCUUGGUAAGAAUCCAACUUUUCAUUCUAGGUCCAAACAUAUUGAUGUGAGGUAUCAUUGGAUACGUGAUGUUUUGGAUGCUAGACAAUUGGAAUUGGUCAAGGUUCAUACAGAUGAUAACGGUGCUGAUAUGAUGACUAAGGCAUGCAUUACAAAGAAGCAAGUUUGAAACUUGCUGUGAGAUCGCCGGUUUGGCGAUUAUCUCCACAUAGUUGUGAGGGGGAGAUUUGUUGGGAUGUUGGGCUCCCAACAAUGUGGAGAAAGGCCCAAAAAAUAUGUCAAGCCCAUUGGUCUCACUUUAGAGUGGAGAUGGAGAAGAGUCAAGUAAAGGGAGCUGAGAGAGAGACAGAUAGAGCAGUUUGGAACAACAAGAAAAGGGGAUAGAAGAGAAGAAAAGAUUUUCGCACAAUUCUACUGCAGCAACACGUUUUUCAUCACUGUGACUUCGUUCACCAUUGGAUCGGGCUGAAAUUUUGACAGCAGGUUCGUGACUUCUGGUACUUCAAUAUGGACGGUUGGAUCGGUGAGAAGAUGUCUGUAGUGGGAGAAAUUGACAUCGCACAGUAGCAGCAAAAAUCUGGUUUUUUCUGAUAUUCUUGGUUCUCCAACUUGUGAUUGUUGCUUUGUUGUUUGGCCAAAUUGUUGAGCAAUUUUGUGUGUUAUAUUUGAAACUCUCAUGUACCCUGACUUGAUCAUAGUGGAGCUUGAUUGACUGGCUUGUGCCCGUGGUUUUUUCUUCUCACAUUGAGAAGGUUUUCCACGUUAAAAAUCUUGGUGUCCCUUUGUUUGUGUGAUUACAUUAGCUGCAGUAUUAUUGGUUAUUGCUCCUCAUUGAUUCUAGCAAGUUGGGGAAUUUUAUUGUUCGCUGCAUAUUACUCUCUUUGAGUAGUUAUUGUGUUGAAUUCCCAACAACUUCUUACCAUAAAAGAAUCAACAAUUGGGUAAGCACUCGUAGUAUCAAGAUAUGUAGUCAUUGCUCUAUCUAUGAGUCAUGUUGUGUAAAUAAUGUGUGAUUUAUAUGUUAUUUUUAAAAUUCAAAAACUUUUACACAUCAAAUUUUACUUGUUUUAAGUUUAGAGAAUGUCGAUAUUUUAAAAGUCAUAACUGUUUACUCGUAAUGAGUUACAGGAGGCACAAUAUAUCAAAUCAAAGGUAUUUCAGAGCUGUAUACUCUCAAACUUUCAGGGGGCGGUUGACACCCUUGACCCCCUUGACUCCGCCCUGUGUACAUAUACCAUAGGUGAAAUUCUAGAUGAAUUUGCUUAAAAGGGUGAUUCUAAGUUUUUACACAACCUUUCUUGAUUUAAUUUAUGAAAUAAUGCCUCCUGCGUCCCAUUUCAUGUGAUAUUUUCAUUUGACAUAAUUAUUAAUAAAAUGGUUGAAAAAGUAAAACUGUGGUUGAGAUUUAAGUGUAACAAAAUUAAAUAUUGUGGACCACAUUUUUCUUUCUAAAACAGUAAAGAUGAUACUCCGUACUAAUUUUGAGAAAACCCAAAAAAGAAAGUAAACAAGUAAAAUGAGAUGAAAAAGUAUAUUUUAAUUUUCAUUAUUUCACAACCAAGCAUAUUCAGUUAUUCACUAGACAGUUUCGAUGUUAUAAGAACAUAAUCUUUAAAUUAUUCAACAAGGUUAUCUUUUGUGAAUGAAAAUGUCAAAUCAUAAUCAUAAUAUAAUACGAGAAUAUUCAUCACUAGUAUUAUAUUGAUAAAGUAAAUUAAAUCUUCGUCCAUAAUAAACAUCUAAUCAAAUACAUCAACUUUAAAAAGUGUUCAAAUUAACCUUUUCUUUCUUUCUCACUUUCUUUUUCAAUUCCCCUUCUUCUCCCCUGGAUGAACGCUGACAAGUUUUUCUUGUUUAAUGUUCCCCUUCUUUGCGUUUUUAAAAGUUGAAGGGUUUAGUUACUUGAGUUUUUCAGUCGAUCAGGAGGGCCAGGACCCAGGAGGCUAAAGGACCCAUCGUCGGAAUACUUUACAAGGAAGAGAAGUUUUCUAGGACGGUUUUACAUAACGGUUCUAAUAUUUUCGAAUUGAUCUUCGUUUGUGCGGCUGGAUUUUUCGUGGAACGGGUGGAACGCAAGGGCGCUGUGGUGCAGUUUGGAUUUUUGUGGGCGAAGAAACACAG